AUGGUCUCCUCGGCUGCGACGCUGCGGCAGAAGCUGGGGACGCCGGGCCCCGCUCCGCCAAGGGAGGCGCUGCCAAGCCUCUACGAGCAUCGCCCUGUGGCUUCCAAGGUGGCGCAGUCUGCCGUGCCCUCCACGGUAGGACCGUCAGCGUCUGUCGUGGCAUGGUUCGCGCAGUACCAGUGUGGCAAGUGUGGGCAAGUGCCAACUUCGUUGGAUGCCCGGUUCUGCCACAACUGUGGGGCGCCUCUUCCGCUCCCUCGAGUGCCUGCAGUGGUCACCGGUGAAGGGAGUCGUGUUGCUAUCAAUCUCGGAGAGGUUGCUGCAGCAGCUGCGCUGGAAGGAAUCCACCAAGAGGGUGCGAUGAGAGGAGCUGGUGGAGGUGGCGGAAGUUUGGGAAGCGGCGGCGGCAGCCAGCUGGCUGCACGUUCCGAGCCCAACCUUCACGCGCCGCAGCGGUCGGUGGCUGAGGACAGGCCUAAAGACACACCAGCACGCUCGGCGGCGGGGAAGUACGAUUGCCCUCCGAAGUGCCGAAAGCGAGAUGGCGGCAAACGACUGCUGCAAGCCCCAGGCCGACCGCAGCCAGGGCGGCCGAAAGAGCUGCCGUGGGGCACGCGGGAAAGCCAGGUGGCACAUUGGCUGGAUAAUAUUCGGCCAAGGCGGCCAUGA